AUGUCUUCCUUUGACCUCAGCAAAAUCAUACGCCCCAAUAUCAUGGCAUUAAAGCCUUAUCGCUGUGCUCGUGAUGACUACAGCGAAGGUGUUUUGCUGGAUGCUAACGAAAACGCAUAUGGACCCUCCUUGACCACGCAACAUGAUGGCGAUUUGAACAGAUACCCUGAUCCAUAUCAAUCCCAAGUGAAAGAACGCAUCCUCAAACUGCGCAACUUGAAGUCUACCAAAAAUCUGUUCUUGGGCGUUGGCUCUGACGAAGUGAUUGAUUUGCUCAUCCGUAUUGCUUGUGUACCUGCUCACGACAAAAUCUUGAUUACUCCUCCUACUUAUGGCAUGUACUCUGUUUGUGCUCAAAUCAAUGAUGUUCAAGUAGUCAAGUCACCACUCAAUGUUGAAAAUGGUGCCUAUCAAUUGGAUUUAGAUAAUCUUUUUGACACCUUGAAAUCAAAUCCCGAGACCAAGAUUGUGUUCUUAUGUUCUCCUGGCAAUCCUACAGGCACUUGUCUUGGCCACAAGAGCAUCCGUGCAGUUUUGGAAUCCGAUUUCAAGGGUUUGGUGGUUGUGGACGAAGCUUAUGUCGAUUUCGUGGAUCAUGAAGAAGGUUCAGUGGCUACUUGGGUUGAGCAAUAUCCCAAUUUAGUGGUAAUGCAAACUUUGAGUAAGAGUUUCGGCUUGGCUGGUAUCCGUGUUGGUAUCGCUGUUGGACAUCCCGAUGUCAUUCAAAUUCUCAACAACACCAAGGCUCCUUACAACAUUGGUACACCUAGCGCUUUAGUGGCUGCUGAAGCUCUUUCAGAUGCUGGUUUAGCUAAAAUGUAUGAUUACCGCAAGCGUUUGAUUGAUCAACGUGGUGUUUUGAUUGAAAAAUUGCCUCAAAUUGAUGGCACUGGUCGUAUUCUGGGUGGCAAUGAUUCCAACUUUGUGUUGGUCGAAAUUUUGGAUGCAAACAGCAAGAAGCCUUCUAAUGAUCGUGCACAAAAGGUCUACAGCAUGAUGGCCGAGAAGCUUGGUGUUGUAGUUCGCUUCAGAGGUAUGGAGUAUGGCUGUGAAGGUUGUCUGAGAAUUACUGUUGGCACAGAAGAUGAGAAUGUCAUUGUUCUUGACAUGUUACAAAAGGCCUUGGCUGCAAAUUAA